AUGCCUUCAUUCAUAGCACUUGGUCUUGAGGGAUCUGCAAAUAAGCUAGGUGUCGGUAUUAUCCUUCAUGAAGAUAAUCAACCGGCCAAAGUUUUGGCGAAUUUACGACAUACCUACAUUACACCCCCUGGUCAAGGUUUCCUUCCAAGUGAUACAGCCAAGCAUCAUCGAUCUUGGAUCAUAAGACUUAUUAAAGAUGCGUUUAGAACUGCCAAUAUAAAAAUGAAACAAGUUGAUUGUAUUUGUUUUACGAAAGGACCAGGAAUUGGAGCACCCUUACACAGCGUCGCCCUAGUGGCACGUACGCUUUCUCUGAUGUAUUCGAAACCUUUGGUUGCUGUGAAUCACUGUGUCGGCCAUAUCGAAAUGGGAAGAGAAAUUACUGGUGCACAGAACCCCGUUGUACUUUAUGUUUCUGGAGGUAAUACACAAGUUAUUGCAUACUCGGAAAGACGUUAUCGUAUUUUUGGAGAGACAUUGGACAUCGCUAUUGGAAAUUGUCUCGAUCGUUUCGCUCGUAUCAUUAAUAUAUCAAACGAUCCUUCUCCAGGAUAUAACAUUGAGCAGGAAGCUACAAAGGGAACACAAUUUGUGGAUCUACCUUACACCGUAAAGGGAAUGGAUUGUUCAUUUUCAGGACUUCUUUCCGGUGUUGAAGCUGCUGCAGAUGAACUACUAUUUAAUCCAUCUCCAGAAAACGCGGGAAAGUAUACAAAAUCAGAUCUAUGCUUUUCAUUGCAAGAGACCGGUUUUGCGAUGCUCGUUGAAAUUACAGAACGUGCCAUGGCUCAUGUUGGCGCCGAUUCUGUUCUCAUCGUUGGAGGUGUCGGAUGUAACAAAAGAUUGCAACAGAUGAUGUCCGAGAUGUGCGAAGAGCGAGGUGCCAUGUUAUUUGCAACGGAUGAACGAUUCUGUAUCGAUAAUGGCAUUAUGAUUGCUCAAGCUGGACUUCUGGCGUUUAAAAAUGGUAGUAUUUGUUCAUUGGAAGAUUCAACAAUUACACAAAGGUAUCGUACUGACGAAGUGUUCGUGUCUUGGAGAAAAUAG